GUCCUGUUUGUUACAAGUUUCAUAUAGCAAGAACCCCGAGGAGAGAGAGAGAAAGAGAGACGGCCGUGCGCGCUAGAGGAGAGCGUGGAAAAAAGAAAGGAGACGGGAAGAAGAGCGCGUGGGAGCGACCGGCAAUGUGCAGGAAAGGAAGAGAAAAGGCAUAUCAUUAGAGCAUGAGCAGAGCUCCGGGCCUUAGUUUCGAAAGCUUUCCCAUCUCCUGUUUAACUCUUUCGGCAUCCAAUGUCCUUCUGCCUCUUGCAAUAGAAACCCUGCUAGCUGCUGUCGGCGUUUCUACCUUGGCGUCCUUCGCUGCAGCUCGGAAAAGCAAGACAUUCGCCCUCUAAAAAAAACCAACCAAAACAAAACAAAACAAAAACCAAACCCCAGUAGUUCUUUCGACGGAGCAGACGGGCGGGGGAGGGGGGGGGAAGGAAGUUGUGCGUUAGCAACCAGAUCCGGGAUGUUUUAGGGGUGCAGAAAAAAAAAGAAAAAAGAAGAAGAAAGGCUCACGGUCGUAUUUCUCGGUAGAUCAUAUGCCACUCGAGCCACAAGUUGGGUGUACCUGCAGUUGCUCGGCGCCGACGGUACGCUCUUUAGAUGCGAGUGCGGGCUUAACUCUUCCCCUGGCUCCUUGGAUUUGUACCAUGCUCAAGAUCCUCACGAAGAAGCUCAGGAAUCAAAGUUUGAAUGAGAUUCAGCCUUUCCAGCUGAAGAUUUCCUACACACCAAGUGAUGAGGAAGACAGUGAUGAUUCUGAGGGAGAGAACCAGGAACUUGCUCAGAUUGACAGAGAGAGAAGACGGAAUUGCACCUUGACUCCCUUGGCAACCAAUCAACAGCAAAAUCAAGAAAAUCAGUGCUGCAAAGUACGGGGCCAUUUUCCUUCUGGGCUGGACCAUCAUAGUUCCGAAGAGGAGUUGGAAUGUAUCACCCGUGAGUUUGCUGCUGAGAAACGGAAGUGGUCUCAGGUCAGCAAGCUUGGCUGCUGCAGUGACAGCUGUAAUGCUUCCUCCAGUGAUGAGGAAGUAAAGACCUUGUGUGGCAAAUCCUUCCGGCCAGUGGUCGAAGCUGUGGAAGGUUUGCGUGCCAGUCCUAGCCCAGUGCUCUUCAGUGCCUCACCUCCUAAAAGACUGCAGUCCUUGGUACGGCCUAUAAUUUUUACAAGCGUCGGAGGCAGCUUUGAGCAAGGGAUGCCGUGUAAACGACACCGACAGGGCUAUGGUGACAAGGUUGGGAGGCCCAGUCUCGAUCUGGAAAAAAUGCAACAAAAGAUGCUGUUUAAGAAGAAUUGUGGUACAAAGACAAGGAUCAUCAAAAUCCGCCAUAUCAACAGCAGCCGGCCCCCACCUCACUUUGUGUAUGAUCCAUCAAUUUUUGCCUUCCAAUCCCUGAGCACCUUGAAGCCUUUGAGCCCAAUAGCUCCAGUUGAAGAACCAUCAUGUGCCUACUGACAGAUGUACUCAAAAGUCUCAGGAAUCAUCAUAUCAAUCAGCUGCCCCGGGACAUGGAGGGCACAUAUUUUCAAUAGGUACCAGGAUCCUUGGUGUCAGGAGAUUGGUGUCUUGUCUCUUGUCUGUUUUACAUGCCAUUACAAUUUCUGAAGAUUUUCAGAAAGGAAAUCUAUGUGUACUUAGCAAACUAGCCACAUAAGUUGCGAUGCAACUAUCAAGAUACUAUUGAUUCACAGAAGGCAGGUUUCUUAUAAAUGGAGUGAGCACAUUACCCUUAUAGCUGAUCUUCAGUGGGUGGUAGCACUUAGCCAAGCUUGGCUUAUUUCAGAAGCUAAGCUGGGUAAUGCCUGGUUAAUAUGUAGAACCACCUGAGCAGUCCAAAGUUGUUAACCGGAUUGGUAAAUGGGAAAGAAAUCUCAACUCAUAGUGGGGAAGGACAUCAUAAACCAAUUCCAUAACAUCACCAAGAAAACAGCAUGGAUGCAGUCCUAGGAGUUGAGCUCAGCUUGAGACCAUCUUCACAAAAUAUUAUAAAUGAGCAACUGCCAAUGAAAUGCCGACUUGUAAGCUGCUUUCUUGUUCUUUAUCUAAUAGAAUUACUCCUAUGUAGGAAUGUUCAGUAGACUAGGAUUUAUCCAGGAAUUGGAAGGAUCUCUGCUUUUAGUGAGUCCUGAAAGACUAAAAACAUAUGUUCUUCAUCUCCCAGGGUAGGUAAACUUACUUGGUUUUGUGCCACCAAGUUAUAAGGCUAGAGCAAGAAGCUUACUGAGCUGUGCAGUAUCUGAAUUGCUUUGAAAUUAGUAGAGUAUGAAGUUAAAGAGAAAGCUAUGUAUUUUGUUCAGCACAAAUAGAAUUAGAGCUCUACAGAGCCAUAGGAUAUUCUAUAACUGGAUAGAUAUUUGCAGGUAGAAGAAUAAAUGAGAAGUUAUAAUUUGCUUUGAUGCCUCUGGGCAUCCUUUAUAAAGCCUUGUGAAUGUCACAUGAUGUUUUCUUAAUGAAGUUGGAAUGAAUACUGCAAUGAUUGGUUUGCACAUCCAAUAACAUGCCUUUUAGCACCCACAUUGUAAACAGCUUUUAGUCAUAAGAUGGUAACACAGAAGGCAGGAAUAUGGCUAUAAAUUGCUUUUGAUGCAUAACCACUGGUUUAGGUGGAUGUUAUGUUAGACAUACAUAUGUGGGUGGAAAUACUUUACAGGUGUUUGUAUCAUGUCUUUUUAAUUUUGGUUUUUUUGCUGGUAGGAGUAAUGGGCAAAGCAG